UCUCCAGCCGCUCUGCUGUAAACACUUUAACUCCAGAGGACAACAGGAUACACGCACUCGCACAUGCCUGAGGGCAUGUCUUGACUACCCCAUCAUCAUCAUCAUCAUCAUCAUCAUCAUCCUCUUCACACUAUUGCUUUAGGAACGAACGUGAAUUUCAACACAGUCCAAACUAUAGGAGUGAGUGAGCGAGUGGAGGAGGAGAGGAGCGCUGGAUUGGGGGGCGGUGUAGCUGAGAGGCCACAGAGGGGGGUUCCAGAGUUACUGAGAGGGCUGGACAGAGCGAAGGAGCAGAAAAGAAGGAAGAAAAGAAGCAAGAGGGGGAGAGAGAGAGGGAGAGAUGGCGAGUGGAGAGAUCUCCACUCUUCCCUCGGCCACGGCCGACAGCUUUCCCCCGGGCCACUUCAAAGAGCCCAAGCGGCUGUACUGCAAAAACGGAGGCUACUUCUUGCGCAUCAACCCAGACGGACGAGUGGAUGGCAUCCGCGAGAAAAACGACCCCAACAUUCGGCUCCAGCUCCAGGCGACCGCAGUGGGAGAAGUCGUCAUCAAGGGUAUCUCAGCUAAUCGUUACCUUGCCAUGGGCUCCGAGGGGAGGCUGUUCGGAACGAGACGAGCGACAGACGAAUGUUAUUUCACCGAGCGCCUGGAGGCAAAUAACUACAACACGUACAAAUCCAAGAAAUACCCGAACUGGUACGUGGCGCUAAAGAGGACGGGGCAAUACAAGAGCGGAGCGAACACAGGACCUGGACAAAAAGCUAUCCUCUUCCUCCCCAUGUCAGCCAAGAACAGCUAAACGUCUUCUGUGUGAGGUAUUAGAGUUUAUGUGAAAACAAACGGCAGGCCAGAAUAUGGACAAUGAAUCAUUUCGGGACAUUCAUGAAAGGUUUCUUUUCUUUUUUAUUUCCGGCAAAUCAUUGAAUUAUUUACAAACAUAAAAUGAUCACAUUGCUUCAGUUGCUUAUCACUAAUGAAUCAUUUUAGGCCAUUAAUAAUUGAUUGCAAUUGUGUGUGAAUUUCUUUUUAUUUUAAAAAAAAAAUUUUUCUUAAUUAUAAUUUUUUUAUUAUUAUUAUUAUUAUUUUUUUGAACUCAUCAUUUCGUCUGAGAUGUGAAUAGAAAUGUGGACAAACUAAAGAGGUUCCUAAAAAAAA